AUGGAAAUAAUUAAAGAAGGAUGACUGGAGACUCGAUCUAAAUAUUUUCGGCGCUGGGAAUGGAAGUGGGCAACCUUAAAUUCCGCUUAUCUUUCAUUCUUUAGAGACUACACACCAAGCUCCAAGCUUCUAAUGCAAAUUCCGAUCAAUGAAAUAGUUACUGUCUGCCCAGCUGACAAAAAAGACGGAAAAUAUUUCACUUUGGUCGUUCUUACACAAAAAACAAAGCUUACUCUAUCUUUUGGGAACCUAAAUGAAGUAAUUUCAUGGCAAAAUUCCAUAAAAUCCUUUAUAAAUCUGCAAAACAUCCCAUUGAACAAUCAAAAUCUAGAGCAGAAAAUUAUGACUGAUAUGAAAUUGAUUAGUGCUGCAAAUAAAUUAAAACAUGCACUAAUUGAUAGAGAAGAAGAAUUACAAGAAAUUUUAGACACAGAAAACGCUGAAAGAUUUGAGGAACUGCAAAAUAAUGUUAAGGAAAUUAUUACCAUAAUUGAAAAAGAGCAGGAAUUAUAUAUGGCUUUUAAAGAAGCUGUUAAUUCUGAGACAAACCCUCUGCUUAGACUUAAAAAAGCUUUUGAAUUGAAGCGGCCGAGUUUGAAACUUCAAGAAAUUGACGCUUCAUUGAAAUCAAGGGUCGAAGUGGCAAUUCCUGAUAAAAUUGUGUCAAAAUUGAUAGAAAAUAAUAUUGAGACUUCUCUGUUAUUCAAAAAUGAACACAAAAUAUCUAGAUCACGAAUGCCAUGGGGAACUAAAUGAAAAUACAACGGCAAACGAGUUGACGCAAUCAGUCUGAGGGUCUCUAAGCCAAUUUUGUUAAGAGCUGUAGGGAUUUGCAGCCCAUAUAAAGAAAAAGGCUGCAAUUGUGUAAAGAGUUUCUGCAUUUACGAUGGGCCUGGGACAAAUUGCCCUUUGAUAUACACACACCCUCAAUCAGUUUAUAUGGAAUACACAGGGAAUUCAACGUUUAAAAUCCCAUUGAAAAGCCCUGUGAUUUUGCAGGCUAACACAAUUUACACAUUAUUUUUCCAAAUUCAAGGUUCUCCUACUUUUCGCUGCAAAAAUUGCAUUCUGAGUGAGCAAGGAGAAGGCGAUGUCGCAAUCGAGUUCUUCAAUUCUCAGAUAACAGCUUAUAAAAGCAACAAAACUGACACUGUGACAGGGACAAUCGCAGAUUUAUAUUACCAAUUAAUAUAA